CUCAUAGAGCGUCCCCCACCCGGCGCGCCCAAAUUUUCUGCAUUCGAACGGAGUGUGGAGUUUUCGGCGGUCGCAUUCGCGAGCGAGGCUCAAGGCAUUCGACAGUUACGAAGCGGCCGUUCUGCGCAUAGCGAUAGGCGUGCGCGUUGCAAUAUGCGGAAGUGAGCACAGACAUCGGAGCUAAUGCUAGUGUCAAGUGAUUCUCAGUGUACGCACUCUCAGUGAAACGAACUAUGCUAUUUGUGCACGGCUCGGCAGAGCAUUGAUUUGAAUUCAAUUUGGGACUGCGAAUUUGGACUUUCAUGGUUUCGAGGGCAGAUAUUCGAGGAGGCCCGGGCAUGGACGCUCAGCAGCAAUACUGCUUGAAAUGGAACAGCUUCGGUUCGAACCUGGCCACCUCGUUCGCGAACCUAUGGAACUCCGAGAGCUUAGCCGACGUCACACUUUACUGCGAAGGUCGGCAGUUCAAAGCCCACAAAGUGAUUCUGGCGGCUUGUAGUAAACACUUUCAAGAGCUCUUCGAUUCCGCCCCUCCCAGCCAUGCAGGCGCCUGUUACGUCAUACUGGAAGCCACUUCGGCAGAUAACAUGCAGGCCCUCCUGGAGUUCAUGUACAAGGGCGAAGUGCAUGUUAGCCAAAAUGCUCUCUCCAGUUUCCUCAAAAGCGGGGCGAACUUACAGGUUAAAGGCUUGUCAAUGGAAAUGUCCCAAGACGCAUGGAUGAAGCAUCAGACCCAGCAAGUGUCGAGCGAUCGUGUGGAAACCCGUGUCAAGACCAGUCCAGUUUCCGGAUCCGGCAAUUGUGAGGUUCAGGAGUCCCCACCAUCCCACUCUACUACUUUUGCCCCAAUAAUACCACCAUACGGCAUACCCAUACAUGGAAGUGGUGGUGGGAUGGGACGGUAUGCGCCCCAAGCUCACUUGCAUUCGUCGUCCCAUAGACGGCCUGCACCACCUAAGCAAUCGCCAUCGCAGAGCCCACUGACUAGGAAUUACAGACAAACCUCAUCAUCAUCACAUUGCGGCAGCGUAGCUGAUGAACCAGACACGCGAUCAUCACCAGGGGCGAGCGUUAAGUAUGAAGAGAAUCCAGAUUGCACAUCCAGCGUCGCGAACCCUAUAAAGAACAAUGGCUACGAACGGUUUUCAUCAGUUAAAGAAGAGAUAAUGGAGCGCUUACCAACGGAUCAGGGUGCUGAAGAUUUACGGAUAAAAAACGAAAACGAAUACCAUGGCGGUGGGUACAACAACUCAUCUCCCCCAGCGCCGAUCCCAACCACUAACUACCACGACCCGCAGACUUCGCCACCCAAACCCAGCCCUGACCUCUGGCCGCCCAAGAUCAUCACCAGCAAGUCUGGUGGGAUCGCUACUGCUGACGGAAAGAAACUAAAAUGCCCAUACUGCGAACGGCUAUACGGCUACGAGACGAAUCUGCGCGCUCACAUCCGGCAGCGGCAUCAAGGCAUUCGUGUGCCAUGUCCACACUGCUCGCGAACAUUCACGCGUAACAACACAGUGCGGCGACACAUUGCCCGCGAGCAUCGUCAUCAGGUCACGCCCCACCAAGGACCUUUACCCAACCAUACCCAGUAAAUCAAACAAUCUACCUCUUCUCUUCUUUGUGACCCUGGUGUGACAGUGAAUUAAACUGACAAUUUCUAAUUAUUAAAAACCUUUUCGAGAUUUUUUCUAUAUAAGGUAUCUUUUUAACGCCGAUUAACUAAAAAAAAUAUUUUUACAAAAUGUGGGUACUUUAUUUUUUACUAAUUAUUAAGUUAUUCGACGUUGAGAUUGACGGAAUAGAUUAUUAAUUGUAUUUCAAAAACAUGUACAAAUUGUGGGUACUUUUUUUACUAAUUCUAUUAUUAAAAGUUAUUUAAGGUUGAGAUUGACGCAAUAGUUUAUU